AUGGGCUUUGAUAAUGAGGAUAUUCAGAGGUGUUCACAAACAGGGCGGUGCCUCCCAGUGCUGUGCGUUCACCUGUUCCACAUGUACGGGCUGAUAACGCACUACAAGCUGGACGCGGCGAAGAUCUGGAAGCUGUUCAGCCUCAUCGAGGAGGGGUACCACAGCAGUAACCCCUACCACAACUCGGUGCACGCCGCCGACGUCACACAAGCGAUGCACUGCUUCUUGCAGCAGAAACAGAUUCUCCAAUACCUGGAGCCGCAGGAGAUAAUGGCCUCUCUCCUGGCAGCGAUCGCACACGAUUUGGACCAUCCAGGUGUCAACCAGCCAUUCCUGAUCGCCACAUCGAAUCACUUGGCGGCUCUGUACCGAAACACGUCGGUGCUGGAGAACCACCACUGGCGCUCGGCGAUCAGCUGCCUCAUUGAGAGCGGAGUUCUGGAACAGCUGAAGGACAUCAGUGCUAAGCUGGAACACCAGAUCUCCUCGCUCAUCCUCGCCACGGACAUCACUCGACAACAGGAGUACCUCAGCCAGUUCAAGGUACGU